AUGGAUAUGCAUUCAACUGUUGUUCUGCUUCUCCUUCUUGUCCAGCUUAUAGCUCUAUCUACAGCACAAUGGGGCUUUGGCUAUCCUGGUAUGGGUUAUGGUAUGGGUAUGGGUGGACCUCUAGGAGGCCUAGAAGGUGCGGUCAUUGGAGGACUUGAUGGAGCUCUGAUGGGCGCUGUUGAUGGUGCCAUGUUUGGAUGA